UGACCAGAACUGCGGCAGAGGCAAUGGCGGCUCCCAUGCUGCGCUGGUGCUGUCCUGUAAGGCGUUGGGCUUUAGCCUGCAUUGACGGCGGUUCUCGCUACGGAAGAGGGGCUGCGACUGGGUGCACGUCCAGCGGGAAAAGGGGACAGAGCUCAGUGGCUCAGCAGCCCCGCAUCACGGCCCAGAAGCCGAGGAAAGGUGAACACGAAUGGGCAGCUGUGGUAGGUUUGGAAAUUCAUGCCCAGAUUUCCUCCAAUUCUAAACUCUUCUCUGGAUCUCAAGUCCACUUCACAGCACCUCCAAAUUCUUUGGUAUCUUUUUUUGAUGCAUCUCUACCUGGAACUUUGCCGGUUCUCAACAGGAGGUGCGUCGAAGCGGCAGUGAUGACAGGCCUGGCACUGAACUGCCGCAUAAACAAGAAGUCCUUGUUUGACAGGAAGCACUACUUCUAUGCAGACCUCCCUGCAGGCUACCAAAUUACCCAGCAAAGGCUUCCGAUCGCUGUGAAUGGGAGCAUGGUGUACGGCGUCUGUGUGGGGAAGAAGCGGAGUCAGGUGAUCAACAAGACAGUGAGGGUCAAGCAGAUCCAGCUGGAGCAAGACAGUGGCAAAAGCCUCCACGAUGACCUGCGGUCUCAGACGCUCAUUGAUUUGAACAGGGCGGGAGUUGGCCUUCUGGAAGUGGUCCUGGAACCUGACAUGUCCUGUGGAGAAGAGGCAGCAACAGCAGUCAGGGAGCUGCAGCUGAUACUUCAAGCCCUGGGGACGAGCCAGGCGAAUAUGGCAGAGGGCCAGUUGAGAGUGGAUGCCAAUAUAUCUGUACAUCACCCUGGAGAGCCUCUGGGCAUUAGAACUGAAGUGAAGAAUCUCAACAGUGCCAGAUUCUUGGCCAAAGCAAUAGACUAUGAAAUUCAGAGACAAAUCAAUGAACUUGAGAAUGGAGGUGAAAUUCUGAACGAAACUCGCUCCUUUGAUUACAAGCUGGGGUGCACCGUACCAAUGAGAGACAAAGAAGGAAAACAAGACUACAGGUUUAUGCCCGAACCCAACCUGCCUCCCUUGCUGCUCUAUGAUGCUGAAUCUCUGCCCACCGCUGCAGACCUGCAGCAAGUGAUCAAUAUUGACCAGAUUCGGGAGCAGCUGCCUGAGCUCCCCAGUGUGACCCGGGAGAAGCUUGUUCAACGGUAUGGAAUGCUGCCGGAACACAGCUUUGCCUUACUGAAUGAAGUUGGCCUACUGGAGUUCUUCCAAAAUGUGAUAAAAGAAACUAGGGCAGAGCCAAAAAAAGUGACUAGUUGGGUCCUCAACACUUUUCUGGGUUUUUUAAAGCAACAGAACCUUGCUGUCAGUGAGAGUCCUGUCACACCUUCUGCACUGGCCGAGCUGCUCAACCUGCUAGACAGGAAAGCAAUUUCUUCAUCAGCAGCUAAACAGGUGUUUGAGGAAUUGUGGAGGAGCAAAGGGAAGACUCCAGCACAGAUCGUUUCAGAAAAGAAGCUUGAACUGAUGCAGGAUCAAGAGGCAUUGGAACAGCUCUGCCACGCCGUGAUGGAGGGACAUCCUCAAGUGGUAACGGAUGUGAAGAAGGGAAACCCCAGAGCUAUAAAUAAACUGAUUGGGUUGGUCCGAAAAGCGACUCUCAGCCGAGCGGAUCCGACUGUGAUAAAGGAGAUCCUGGAGAAGAAGCUGUCAUCGGGAGAUGUUUCGGGUCCCUCUGCCCGAGGGAGAACAGUGCAGCCGUGACCAGGAACCAAGCCUGUGAAACGCUGACGCUGUGUGCUCCAUGCGCUGCGUCUCCCAGUCCCUGGCCCAAGCCAGAGCCAUAUGGCCACACCUGACCUGUGGGAGCCACCUCCACAGAAGACCAGCAGCCUCACCCGUUUGCUUCAUUGACAUCAGAAUGGUUCCGUGAUAGCUGCAGCAGUGGUUAAGAGAUAGCACAUUCUAGUGCUUAGUAAUUCUGAAGGAAAUGAAACCUACUGUUACCAUUCUAAGAAAACGUCAUUCUGCAGUUCCUUCAACAAAUAUUUCUGAGCACCUCCUAAGGGCUGGGUGUUGUUCUAGGUGCUGAGGAUUAACAGUGAUCAAGAGAGACCUUGAUCCGGAUGCAGUAUUUUAGACCUAAAAAUAGGUUAAUGAAGAUGAAAACACAACAGAAUAAAUUAAUUGACACAGCAUAAACACACAUUUGUGUAGGGUGGCUUUUGGGGGUGUGGUAUUGGUAGUCAUUCACCCAUCCACUGAGUGAAAGCGGUGGUGCCCAUUCAACUCCCUAGGGAUCCCAGAAGGCAGAAAUUGGAGAAUGAUUUUUUUUUGUAAAAAAGACAACGGAAGUUUUCAAAUAAAUUUAAUGAAUAAAAUGUAUACUGAAAUAUCACAUAAAAAAUUAACUUACACAUCAAAGAUUGUGCAGUUGACAACUCCCCCUUACCCUCAGGCCAAAAAAGAUAAAAAGAAAAAAAGCUAUAAUAUUAAAUUGAUUUGUUUUGCCUGUAAAGAAUAAGAUUAUACACUAGGAAAUCAAAAUCUUGACCUUGAACAGUAAUUGUGCGGUUGACAGUAUCUCCAUGAAAGCUGAGUUGC